GUAAAAGGCAAACAAGGAUUUGGAAUUGGAGGAGGAGUAGCAGAGCAGAGCUUGAGGAGCUGCUGCCAUUUCUGUUUUCACCAGCCAAUGCCUAGUGGGCAGGUUUAUAGACUUGGCUCAGCUUUGAACAACAAAGAGACUUCAGAGCGUUUUCCCGCGCAUUUUCCCUCUGCUUUAGGAUCGGCAAAUGGCUCCGAAAUCUGAUAGCGCCGAAGCGAUCGUGUUGAACUUCGUUAACGAGCAAAAUAGACCACUGAAUUCACAAAGUGUGGCUGAUUCAUUGCAAAAGUACAAUCUUAAAAAGACAGCUAUACAAAAAGCACUCGACACUCUCGCAGAUGGUGGCAAGAUUUCGUUCAAGGAGUAUGGGAAGCAAAAGAUAUAUCUCGCUCGCCAAGAUCAGUUUGAUAUCCCCAACAGUGAAGAGCUUAAUUGUAUGAAAGAUGAAAAUUCUAAACUUCAACAACAGCUUCAAGAUCAGAAGAAAGCAAUUAAUGCUGUUGAGGGAGAAAUUAAGGCUUUGCAAUCAAAUUUGACUCUGGAACAGAUACAUGAAAAAGAAGCCAAAUUGAGAAAUGAGGUAAAGGAAUUGGAGGACAAAUUGGUAAAAUUGCGUGGGGGAGUUACCCUGGUAAGCCCAGAAGAGCGACACGCUGUUGAGAAAAUGUACUCAGAGCUAAUAAGUCAGUGGAGAAAACGAAAAAGGAUGUUCAAGGAUCUGUGGGACUCUAUUACUGAAAACUCACCCAAGGAUCUAAAGGAAUUUAAGGAGGAACUUGGAAUCGAGUACGACGAAGAUGUUGGUGUGAGUUUGCAGUCAUUCAGUGACUUGCUUCAACGUGGUAAGAAGCGGGCUAGAGGCUAGCGACUUUCUAUGAGGAGAAAUGGGUUACAUGUUCGAUCAAGUAUUUAGGCAUAUAUACUAGUUCCCACUUUUCUGGAUGUAAACUUGUUGCUAAAUAUGUAAAUUCUGCAUCCUUGUAAGAAAUAGAGUUGUGCCUUAUAAUCCCAGGUAGCUUAGUCUAGGUAAUUUUAAUUCAGUUGCCACAAGUUUUACUUGCCAAAUCUUUGUUCUGCAAACGAUGUGCUUUCUAACAGUUGUUUAGCUUAAAGGAUUUCAGAGUAAGACAAGAUAUGUAAUGUAGAUCACAUUUAAAUA